AUGUCCGAGUCUCUAGAGAAGAAAAAUGCUGGGAUAUUAUACAGCAACGAGACCCUUGAGGAGGAUGUCGCCUUUGACAAACUCGAGCGCGGCGCCAGCGGCGCCAGCGCCGCGGGCGCGUCUGUGGACGGCAAACACGAAGGCAUCCGGCUGAAGAAAGCGCUUGAGGCGCGGCACGUGUCGAUGAUCGCCAUCGGCGGGUCGCUUGGUACCGGGCUGUUGAUCGGCACAGGUAGCUCUCUGGCCAGCGCGGGCCCUGCGUCAAUUUUGAUUUCGUACAGUUUCGUGGGCCUGUUGGUGUACACGGUGAUGGCGUGUCUCGGAGAGAUGGCCGCGUUUAUUCCGCUGGACGGCUUCACAUCGUACGCGUCGCGUUACGUCGACCCCGCGUUGGGCUUCGCAGUCGGGUACUGCUACCUGUUCAAGUAUUUCAUUGUGACGCCCAAUCAGCUGACCGCAGGCGCCAUGGUGAUGCAGUACUGGGUCUCGCGUGAAAAGGUCAACCCGGGCGUGUGGAUCACGAUUUUCCUUGUUCUCAUUGUGCUCAUCAACACGGUCGGUGUGCGCUUCUUCGGCGAAUUCGAGUUCUGGCUGUCCAGUGUCAAGGUCCUGGUCAUGCUGGGGCUCAUCCUGCUGCUGUUUAUCAUCAUGCUCGGUGGCGGGCCCAACCACGACCGCACCGGCUUCCGCUACUGGCGCGACCCUGGUGCGUUCAAGCCCUACUCCGAAGCCAUCUCGGGCUCCAAGGGCAAGUUCGUGUCUUUUGCUUCCGUGUUCGCGCUCGCCUUGUUCGCUUACACCGGUACCGAGCUGUGUGGUAUCGUCGCCGCCGAGGCUAAGAACCCACGUCGCAGUGUGCCCCGCGCCAUCAAGCUGACCCUCUACCGUAUCGUGCUCUUCUACGUCAUCUCCAUUCUGUUGCUAGGAAUGACCGUCGCCUACAACGACCCACUACUGAUCAAGGCCAAGAAGAUGUCCACCUCCGCGGCUGCCUCGCCUUUUGUUGUGGCUAUCAAGAACGCUGGCAUUCCUGUCCUGCCUCACAUCUUCAACGCUUGUGUGCUGCUCUUUGUUUUCAGUGCCUGUAACUCAGACCUUUACGUCGCCUCCAGAACCCUUUACGGUCUGGCCAUCGACCGCAAGGCUCCAAAAAUCUUUGCCAAGACUAACGGCUGGGGUGUGCCAUACUACUCGCUCGCGGUCUCUGUCCUGUUCUGUCUCCUUGCGUACAUGAAUGUCUCCUCAGGUUCCGCUCAGAUCUUCAACUACUUCGUCAAUGUCGUCAGUAUCUUUGGUCUGUUGAGUUGGAUCUCCAUCCUUAUCACCUACCUGCGUUUCCACAAGGCUGUCAUCGCCCAAUUCGGCGACAAGUCUGGUUUCUCUUACACGGCACCAUUCCAACCUUGGUCUACCUGGGUGUCCUUGUUCUUCUGCUGCCUCAUCGGUCUCAUCAAGAACUACACGGUGUUUCUGGGCCACACGUUUGACUACAAAACCUUCAUCUCCGGUUACAUCGGCAUCCCUGUCUACGCUAUCUGCUACGUGGGCUACAAAUUGGUGCACCGCUCGAAGCUAAUUAAACCAGAGGACGUCGACCUCUACACAUUCAAAGCUGCGAUCGACGCGGAGGAAGAAGAAGGUAAGCUGCUCGAGCUCGAGCGCAAAGAACAGCUCAAAAGCUCUCCAAAGAACCUCACAUGGUUUUACGACACCUUUUUGGGCUGGAUUUUCUAA